GGACUCCCUGUGACGUCAUAUGUCUUUGAUGUACACAUUUUUCACUCAAAGAGAGACAACGCUCAAAAUUGGUCUGUAUACAAAAAGAAAAGAAAUCUAAUUAAAUUGGCAUCGAAUUAGAGCUACGGACUCACUUUUUAAAAAGCGCUCACUCUUACCCGACAGAGGAAUUGAUGGAGUGAUAAACAAGACAUAAUAUACCCCCUCGCCUCCAGAAGAAAAAAAAAGCUGUUGGCCUCUCCGUUGACAGCGGAAUGACAUCGACCACGUCGGCUACUCAGGAUCUUCCGGCGAUACUGGCCAACAUGUCUGCUGCUUCGCUCUUUGUGGGCGAGUUGCUACCCCACGUAAACGAAGUGAUCUUGUACAAGAAGUUCGCUCCUAUGGGUACUGUGACCUCGGUGAAGCUGUGCCGCGACUGGGUCACUGGCAAGUCACUCUGCUAUGCUUACGUCAACUUUGAGAAUCCAGCGGAAGCCGAGAAAGCUUACCGCACGCUCAACUACGAGCUGCUGGAGGGGCAGCCCAUGCGCAUCAUGAAGUCCACCCGUAACCCCUGGCUGCACACUGGCGGAGACUCCUCCUGCUGCUACCAUCACCACUGCUGCAACAGCGCAGGGGCCGGACCAGGGCUGGGCGGGAAAGGGCUGGUGGACGCCAAGACGCUGGUGGAAGCCAUCGAGAGUUACAGCAUGGCCUUCAAAAUACUCCAGCGAGUUUUUGAAGAGAAUGAACAACGCGAACAAACAGUACACGAACGUUUUCAUCAAGAACUUUAAAGAUCUGCUGGAUGAUUUCAAGCUGUGGAAACUCUGCAGGCAGUUUGGAGAAGUCGUUAGUGCCAAGGUCAUGGUGGACGAGUACGGAAUAUCGAAAGGAUUUGGGUUCGCCUGUUUCACAGACUCGGACGCUGCGCAAAGGGAAUGGCGGCCAACGACUGUGUCCCCGCGGAUCUGCGUAAGGAACCUCCGAGAUAUUGUUGACGACAUCCGACUCAGGAAGGAGUUUGAGAGGUUCGGCCCUGUACUGCACGCAGAACUCUUGAAGACUCAGGAGGGGAGGUCAAGGGGCACAGGCUAUGUGGACUUCAAGGACAAGGCAGAUGCCGCGAAGGCUCUGAACUCCAUGAACGGGAAAGUCAUCUACGGUUCCCGCAUCUCCGUGACGUAUGCCCCCCACACCAGCACCGCGUCCACCAACACUCUCCCUCACGACCUCAUCCUCGACCACAACGACUUCGACUACAACAACGACUACCCCGACAACAAACACGACGACGACAACAACAACGACGAUGACUACCACAACCGUAGCAUGGGCAGCUACCACCAUCGACACCACCUCCACCACGACGCCAGCACGACCACCAACAACAGCACCAACACCGGCACCACGGCCGCUGCGUCGGUCGCCACUUGCACCAGCAACGACGGCGACAACAAUAGCAGCAGUACCAGGAACUUCCUGCAGCUGAAGUCCUUGGCGAGCUCCCUAGCCGACAAAGGCCACCCAAUCAACAUCAACGACAUCGGUCACUUCAACAGCACCAGCGUCAAUAGAAACUCGAGCAACAACAGCGACAUUAACACCAGCAACAACGCCAUCCUCACCUUAGCGACUCGCAAGGCCAACAAAAAGACAGCACCGGACGAGCAAGAGGGCACCACCUCAGACGCCACCACAACCACCACGACAACCAACAGCAGCAACAGCAGCAACAGAAGAGACAACCGGCACGUCCGACGCAGGGCAAGGUAUAACGAGGACGAGGAGAACAACAACGACGACGAUGAAGCGGACGAAAAUGACGAGACGAUGAGCUCCAGCGCUACGCUCUGCGUGAAAAAUCUGGACGAGUCGAUCAGCGAUGAGAAGCUGGAGACUCUGUUUGCGGUCUACGGCACCGUGCUCUCAGCUAAGGUGAUCUCCAACGCGUUCGGGGCAUCCAAAGGUUUUGGUUUUGUCAUCAUGUCAGAGGCCCAGGACGCAGUGAAGGCCAUCAAGAACCUGGACGGUCGGAUCGUGGUCAACAGACCCAUCUACGUGGCUCCUGCAGCACAAGCCAGACCACUCCCCAAGGCUUAAGACAGGGGCGCUCAGCGUUGAUGCAGGACCGAGGAGGAGGGAAAGGGACUGACAAAAAGAUGAACAAACGCUUUUUACUGUGACUGUAGUAAUACAAUAAUAAUAAUUCAUAAUAUCACUCGUAGUUUUAGCAAUAGUACGUGUGCUAUUCACUGUUGUGCAUCUUUAGCAAGCGUGAAGUAUGUUUACCGGAGUCGACAAUGUUUCCACUACAAGUUUUCGUAAUAGUAACAUAAUCUUAAUAAACAAUAAAGGGGAUUCAGCCCUAUUCAUCUAUAA